UCCCACUUGCGCGAGCGAUGCGCCUGAUCCUGCGCGAGCCGUUUCAUCUGACAGACGAAUGUAUUUGUAAAAUUAGCCGCAUAAACAUACAAAUUUUGAUAUGAUUGCGAUCAAAAUGCCUCAUGGAAUCGACGAUGCGCCUUCCUGAGAUCUAAUGAUGACAGAAGAAGCGUUUUAAUCGGCGCGAGGAUCGAUGGAGAGACUUUAAUGUCAGAUUGAACCGCUAAGAUGAAUAAUGCCUGGGAAGUUAAAGGCGAAGAUUGUUGCCGGGCGGCACCUGCCUGUCAUGGACCGUGCCAGCGAUCUCACAGACGCCUUUGUGGAGGUGAAGUUUGGAAACACAACAUUUAAAACGGAUGUGUACCCCAAAUCCCUGAAUCCCCAGUGGAAUUCAGAGUGGUUCAAAUUCGAGGUGGAUGAUGAGGAUUUGCAGGAUGAGCCAUUGCAGAUAACUGUUCUUGACCAUGACACAUACAGCGCUAAUGAUGCCAUAGGAAAGGUGUACAUUGACAUUGAUCCACUGCUCUGCAGUGAAGCUGCUACUGUCAUUUCUGGCUGGCUCCCCAUCUACGACACUAUACAUGGUAUAAGAGGGGAAAUCAACGUUCUGGUGAAGGUGGAUCUCUUCAACGACCUGAACCGCUUCAGACAGUCUUCAUGUGGGGUUAAAUUCUUCUGUACAACAUCCAUUCCCCGAUGUUACCGGGCCAUUAUGGUACAUGGCUUUGUGGAAGAGCUUGUGGUAAAUGAGGAUCCAGAGUACCAGUGGAUCGACCGUAUCAGAACCCCUCGUGCGUCCAACGAGGCCAGACAGAGACUCAUCUUUCUCAUGUCAG